AACUAACUUGUUAGACUUCAUGAACUCAUGUAGCCAAUCACUUCCCUCGCAAUCACAAAAGCUGCAUCCUGUUAGUUGAUUUCUGGUUUUGACAGUUUCUUACUGAUACUUGAGACUGAGAGCCUUUGCAUUGGUUUAUUGAUAUAGCCUUUCUCCGUAAUUGUAUGCCCAAGGAUGGCUGAAAAUUUCGAAUUCCUCUUCAAAUUUCUUGUCAUUGGAAGUGCAGGCACAGGAAAAUCCUGCUUAUUACACCAUUUCAUUGAGAAAAAAUUCAAGCAAGAUAGCAGCCACACAAUUGGCGUGGAAUUUGGUUCAAAGAUCGUCACAAUUGGAGGAAAACAAGUGAAGUUGCAAAUAUGGGACACUGCUGGACAGGAACGAUUCAAGUCCGUUACAAAAAGCUAUUAUCGAGGAGCGGCUGGAGCGCUUUUGGUCUACGAUAUCAGUUCGAGAGAAAGUUACAACGCCGUUUCGAAUUGGCUUACUGACGCUCAAAAUUUAGCAAAUCCCAACUUGGUUGUUUUGUUGGUUGGGAACAAAAGAGAUUUAGAAGAAGAUCGACAAGUUUCAUUUCUAGAGGCCUCUCAAUUUGCACAAGAAAAUGAUCUAAUGUUCCUAGAAGCCAGUGCGUUAACCGGUGAAAAUGUCGAAGAAGCAUUCCUACAAUGUGCAAAGACCAUUCUUUCUAAAGUUGAAACGGGUGAACUUGACCCCAAUAAAUUGGGCUCAGGUAUUCAGCAUGGAGAGACGGCUAUUAGAAGAUUCCAGCGUCAGUCGACAUCUACUUCAGUAAAUCCACCUUCAUGUUCGGGUUGCAAGAUCUAGCAUUAUCAAAAAGAACUUUCAAGACGUAGACAGUUAACCAUGUCUUAAAUUCCAGUGUACUAAUAAUUCGAAACACGUCUAUUUAUAUAUAUUUGACGAAACCGCUCGGUAUUAAUAACAUGUCCAAAUUGAUGAGAAAAAUCGUUCAUACAGAUUUACAAUUUUCUAACGUU